UGGUAGUAUGAAGGUUGUAUAUGUUUCUAGGUGGUGCGUAGCAAGUUGAAAGAGGAUGCACUCUUAGUGAACCACUUCCUCAGGGGGUGAAUCAGGUGGAUGUCCUGGUGAGCAACCCUCCAUAUGUGCCCGCUUCUCAGCUUGUUGACUUUGCAGCCCGAAAUAAAAUUGUAUGAGGAUCUGCGGGCACUGGAGGCAGGCCGUGACGGUCUACGUGUCAUCAAAUCUCUGUGUGCUGCUUGCUCAAUCAAUACUGCGUCCAGGUGGUCUCAUCUUCCUGGAGGUGGACACUUCUCACCCAAAACUCAUCCAGAAGUGGGUUGCAGAUUCAACUGUCCUGUGCUGAAUGGCAACGAGCCGCUGGGAUCCGUCACUCAGCAGCCAGACUCUGAGGGAGGCAUUCAACUAAGAACCAGCGCACGAGUAUCAAAGAAACUGAAACUUGAUUCUUUGGCUCAGAUUUCGACUGAUAAAAAAG